UUCCAUAUGAGGUAGACUCAAGGCCAUGUCUUGAUCUUUGUCUGUGGUGCAUUCCUCUUCUGGGAUGGUUGACAACACAUUCUCACAGUUGGAAACAAAUUUGUGGAGUCUCAACUUGUCUGUGUGGCAAAGUUCUCUUGAUUCUUUCACAAGUUGAAUGGCUUCCUUUUCAGUUUGAACGCUCAUCAGACCAUCGUCGACAUAGAAAUUUCUUUGAAUGAAGCGUACAGCCUCUUCACUGAAUUGCCCUUUCCCUUGUGCUGCCAGAUGUUUCAAGCCAAAGUUGGCGCAACCAGGAGACGAUGCUGCUCCAAACAAGUGUACUUUCAUCCUGUAAACUGAUGGUAUAUUUUCAAGGUUGCCAUUCUCCCACCAUAGGAAUCUUAAAUAAUCUUGGUCUUCCUUCUUCACAUGAAACUGGUGAAACAUCCUUUCGAUGUCGCACAUGACGGCAAUCGAACCCUUCCGAAAGCGGCACAGGACACCUACCAGGGUGUUGGUCAAGUCAGGCCCGGUAAGAAGGUGGUCGUUCAGAGAGGUGUCUUGAAACUUAGCAGAGCAGUCAAAUACUACACGUAUUUUUCCAGGUUUAUGCGGAUGAUAGACCCCAUGAUGUGGGAUAUACCAGGCCUGAUCACUGUCUAUUUCUUCCAAAGGUACCUUCUCUGCAUCACCACGUGAAAUGACAUCAUCCAUGAAGUUAACAUAGUCUUUGCAGUACUUAGGAUCUUUCUUCAGUCUCCUCUCAAGACAAUUAAGUCUGUGGACUGCACAUGACUUGUUGUUUAGCAACUUUGGACGUUCUACCUUGAACGGCAAUGGCAUCUCAUAAUGACCAGUGUCAUUCUGUGUGAUGGUUUUGCUCAACUUUGACAGAAAUUUGAGAUCUUCUUGGGAGACAGGAUCAUCUUCUUGUGUUCUCUCUGAGAAAUCUGUUUCUAAGACUCUGAUGAUGUCUGAAGGAGAAAUUUCCUUGACUUUGGUACGGCUCACAUAAUAAACUUCAGUUCGGAGGUUGACCGAGGGCUCCAAAGUUGGUGUUACUUCUCUCACUAUUAUGUGAUGGCUCACUCCAAUGUUGUCACCGUAGUCCACAUAGAGAUUCCCGUGGCCAAUAAUGCUCCAUCCAAGGUCUGUACGCUGUGCGUAAGGAUGGUUAUCCUUGCCAGGAACAACUUCCCUUGGAAGUGAGGCUUGUGAGCAGUUGUACCCAAUGAGCAAACCUACUUCACAGUCUUGCAGAGGUGCAAUCUCUCCUUGAAGGUGCUCUAAAUGGGACCAGGACUUGGCGGUCAGUUGGUAUGUGAGUUCUGUUGGCUGGAAUAAAUUCCCGGGUGUAGACUGGUGGUAGGGCAAUCUUCUUACCAGAGAAAAACCCUCGAACUUGGAGGUUGUUCACUUUUUGAGAGCUUACUACUGUUGUUUUUGAGCUCAUUGUAGAAAGCUUCAGAUUGACUUGUUCUUUGGUUACUUCCAAGGCUUCCACUACUUCACUCAAGGCGAAGGUUGUGUCGCUUUGCGAAUCCAACAGAGCAUAUACAAGGAUUUCUCGUGCUGGUUGGGUUGUUGCUGAAAGCCAAACAGGAAUUAUUGCCGCUGUUUGCAUGUUCGGUUCAUGAAAUAGCACUCUGUUGGCAGUAGCAGCUGUGAAUACCCCUUGGUGUUGUGUUGAUUGAGUACUUUCAUUGUUCCACUCUUGACUUGGUCUGGGCUUUUCGUUACUUGGAUUUCUUUCAGUGCGUGGUUGUGUUUGUUGCUCUUUAGAUCGCUCCUCAUGCAGACAGGUUGGAUGUCGCUUGGAGCACACGUCGCAAACACUCCUACUGUUGCAGCUCUUUGAGUGGUGACCUAACUUCAGACAACCAAAGCACAGAUUUUCAGCUUGAAUAAAUUUGAUUCGAUCUGAAAUUGGUUUAUCCCUGAAGUUCCUGCAUUUGUGCAAAGUAUGUCCGUUCUUCUUACAGAAAAGACACAUCAUGAUGACAAACCUUUCUUUCGAACUUGUGGUCAGUGUCUUUGCUCCGACACUGUGUUGUCUUUGGGACUUUUCAGGCUCAGCUUGUUUCAGUGACUGCAGUGAAGUAACAGGGUUACAGGCGAUUUUUACUUCCCUUGUCAGAAAUGUUACGAACUGGCUGAAUGAAGGGAAUUGGUUUCUAUCCUCUUCUUCAUCAACAACCUUCCGGUUCCAUCCUGCUGUUAACCAAUCCGGUAACUUUGAAAGAAUUCUCCUGUUUUCAUUACAGUCAUUCAAUAUUUCCAGUGCUUUUAUAUGGACCAUGGCAGCCUCGCAACUUCGUAGAAAAUCUACAAACUCUCUGAGUUCAAAGUUGUCUUUAGAUCCUAUCUUGGGCCAUGCUUGUAUCUUGUCUCUGUAAGCCAUUGCAACUGUGAAUGGGUUUCCAUAUCGCUCUUCCAGAAUCUUCCAUGCACUAGCGUAGGCCGACUCAGUUCCAAGUAGGAAAUAGCCAUCGAUUGCUUUCUUAGCUAGUCCACUUACGUACUGACGGAGGUAGUAUAUUUUCUCCUUAUCUUCAAUGUUCUUGUGGCCAAUAAGUGUUUGAAAUGAAAGUUUCCAGUCGUUGUACUUCAGUGGAUCUCCGCUGAAUAUUGAAGGUUCAGGGAUGGGAACUCUGUUAGCGCUCAGAGCAUCUGCUAGCACCUUGACAAGCUCUGCUGUACUUUCAUUUAAGCCGGUACUCGCACUUUGUAUGGGAGACUUUUGCAUGGACACACGAUUAGAAGGUGGAAUAACUGGGUUGUCUGCUACCAGUUGCUGUCCCAAUGUGUCCAUUUGCUCUUCUUCUGCGGCCCUUGGUUGAUCAUACACCUGCAUUCUGGCUCUUGCUGCAUUGAGAUUCUUGACUGCCUCCAACUUCUGCACUUUUCUCCUCUUUUCUUCCAGAGCUCUAAGAAGAGCUCCAUGCUCCUCUUCUAGCUGGGCUUUGAUUUUUAUUUCCUCUGCCUCUCGCUCUAAGCUGCGCUUAACAAUUGCUGCCUGUUCAUCAGAUAUCUUCCUUUUAACUUCUGCUUCUAGACACUGUAUUUCCUGCUGUUCCUUUUCUUGUUCUUUUAACACUUUCAGAACAGCUUCGCUUGCGGCAGCCUCUGCGGCAGCUUCUUGGCGUUUUAUAGAGGACCUGGAGGAGUUGAUUGAGGGAACUUUUAACUCAGUGGUGAAAGAACCUGACUUAGAGGAGCUUGUACCAAAGAGAGAGCCUGCUUCUGGCCAUUUGACUUCUUCUGCUUCCUUGGCUUCUCCAUCGAGUCGACUUGAGGCUUUGCUUACAAUAAAGUUGGAGAUCUCUACACACAGAUCCACUUUUCUGCGCGUGUCUUGAUCCGGAGUUGAGACAUUGCGCAGCUCAUCAUAAAUUAGCUGGACAUCUGCUGAAAAACCUGCGAUAUCACCAAUGAUAUCCUUGAGCAACUCUUCAGAUAGACGGUCCUUUAAUUGUGACAAUGACUUCUUGGCUAAUUUUGCUUGUGUUUUCCAUUUAUCAUAAGUGUAGUUAAAUUUUUGUUGAAGCCCUUUACAUUUUUCUUCUUGCAUUUCUUUGCCUUUUUCUGUGAGAGAUCUGAUCUUGAACUUUGUCUUAGCUUUGGCGCUUCAUCAUGCUGGGCUUCAGGAAGGCCUACUUCAGGUUUAUCUUGGGAGUCUAAGCUAUGAACUGUUGACUCACUUGGCUCUGUCAUUGGUUAAAUCACUUAUUUAAGUUGACUCACUUGGCUCUGUCAUUGUUUAAAUCACUUAUUUAAGUUGACUCACUUUUGAAAAUAAAGCGUGAAUGUAAACAUCACUUUAGUUGUGUAUAUCUUGCCAUAAAUCAAAUAACUUUGGAGGUCACCCUUAAAUGCAAACAAUAUGUAAACCUCUAUAAAUUACCCAAAGCAUAAAAUGCAGAAUAAAACUUUGAUGUAGCUACAACACACUCUUAGUUGAAACACAAAAAUUCAAUGAGAACUGUAGUUGCCCUUUAACUUUGGCACUUAAAUGAAAUGAAUGAAUGAAAAAUGAAUUUCCUUAUGUCUUAUAAUAUGAAAGUAAUAAUUAAAUUACAGAAACCUUUUAAUGAUGACAGUUACAAAUGUGUUCUAUUUUUUUUUGCCAAGCGGAGCCAGACUGUCCUGUGCAACAGAUAUGGAAAACUGUUCAUUAGUUAUCAUGAGUUUCGCAAAUGAUAGAGCAGUUGUUGGUGUUUUAGAGCCAUCUGCUGGUGUGAUUGGGUAUUGCAGAUCUGCAUCCGCCUUGUGUGUGCGGCCGUUGCUAGUCAGAACCAGUUGACGUGACAUGUGGUAAGUUCGCAUUUUAAAUAGCUCCCGAAGGUUUAUACGUUUUAAGAUCGAGAAUGUAUGUUUAUGUUAUGAACCUCGACAUAUUAGAUGAUUGUAUAAUUGAUAUGUUAUUAUUGUUUUUAUAGUUUGUCACUUGGUAGGGAGUUUAUGCACAUUUUUAGUUUGACCACAUGUUACUGGUUAGCUAUGUUGGAUGUCCGCUAGCAAUACAAGUGUUUUGUUUUACUUGUGCAGAUCCUGCUGUACAAAUCACAAAUAUACCUUUGAAAGAGACCAAUGUGUUUGUCCUGUCUUUCAGGUCUCCAGUCUACCAUGGAUGAGGAGAGAGAGGAGGGGGGUCCUACCUCUAAGACCGCUCUAUCUGGGGAACAUGGCCGCCGGAGCAAAGCUAAGAGCCCAGAGAAGCAGCAGAGAGCAGACUCCCCUGGACCCAGCUGUGUCUCCUUGAAGAGUGACCGCUCUAUGGGACGUCUUCUUAACUUUAAAGAUGAAAAUCACUCAAUUGAGAAAAGAAGAGUCUGGAAGGAGAGAGCAGACUCCCCUGGACCCAGCUGUGUCUCCUUGAAGAGUGACCGCUCUAUGGAUAUACCAUGGGACUUUAAAGAUGGACGCCCCUCCAGAGAGGAGAGCCCAGAGCAGCAGAGAGCAGACUCCCCUGGACCCAGCUGUGUCUCCAUGAAGAGUGACCGGUCUAUGAGUAUACCAUUUAACUUUAAAGAUGGACGCCUCUCCAGAGAGGAGAGCCCAGAGAAGCAGGAGAGAGCAGACUCCCCUGGACCCAGCUGUGUCUCCUUGAAGAGUGACCGCUCUAUGAGUAUACCAUUGCACUUUAAAGAUGGACGCCCCUCCAGAGAGGAGAGACACCAGAAGAGGUCAAAGGUUACCAGUGCUCAGUCUCUACAGCAGCACCAAACAGAGCUGAUCAAGAGGGCUGAGGAGAACGCACACGCUUUCCUCGACAAGGAGCUGAAGAAGCUCUGGAGGGUCGUCUUCUCAGAUUACCCACAAUGCUCAGAGGGUCAGAGAGUGGAGGAGGAGGAGGUGGAUGGUAAGAAGGAGGAGCAGAGGAGGCGCGCCAUAGAGGGAGUGAUGGACAUCACAAAGCUCUGCCUGAUGGAGAUGAACCAGGAGGAACUGGCCGACACACUGCGGGGCGGAUCUGAUGCUGUCGAUUGCCAACAUAAAAUCAAGUCUCAUUUGAAGAAGAAGUUCAGGUGUGUGUUUGAGGGAAUCGCUGAAGCAGGACAGCGAACAUAUCUGAACGACUUCUACACAGAGAUCUUCAUCACAGAGAGAGGCAGUGGAGAGAUCAACAUGGAACAUGAGGUCAGACUGAUUGAAACAGCUUCCAGGAAACCAGCCAAAGAAGAAACACCAAUCAGAUGUGAAGACAUCUUUAAACCCUUACCUGGACGCGAUCAACCAAUAAGAACAAUGAUGACAACUGGAGUGGCCGGCAUUGGUAAAACCGUCUUAACACACAAGUUCACUCUGGACUGGGCUGAGGGCAAAACCAACCAGGACAUACACUUCACAUUUCUCCUCACUUUCAGAGAUCUGAAUUUACUGAAAGGGAAAGAGUUUAGCUUGGUGGAACUUCUUCAUCACCUCUUUAUUGACACCAAAGAAGCAGGAAUCUGCAGAUUCGACCAGUUCCAAGUUGUCUUCAUCUUGGAUGGUCUGGAUGAAUGUCGACUUCCUCUGGACUUCCAGAGAAACCCGAUCUGGACUGAUGUCACAAAGUCCACCUCGGUGGACGUGCUGCUGACCAACCUCAUCAGGGGCGACCUGGUUCCCUCUGCUCGCAUCUGGAUAACCACACGCCCUGCGGCAGCCAAUCAGAUCCCUGCUGAGUGUGUUGACAUGGUGACAGAGGUGAGGGGGUUCACCGACCAACAGAAGGAGGAGUACUUCAGGAAGAGAUUCAGAGAGGAGACGCUGGCCAGCACAAUCAUCUCCCACGUCAAGAAAUCACGAAGCCUCCACAUCAUGUGUCACAUCCCAGUCUUCUGUUGGAUCACUGCUUCAGUUCUGGAGGACAUCUUCAAAAAGUCCCAGAUCGAAGAGAUGCCCAAGACCGUGACUCAGAUGUACAGCCACUUCCUGAGGGUUCAGUCCAUACAGGGGGACAGGAAGUACCAUGGGAGGGCUGAAACAGAUCCAGACUGGAGUUCAGAGAGCAGGGAGAUCAUUGUUUCUCUUGGAAAACUUGCUUUUAACCAGCUGGAGAGUGGCAACCUGAUCUUCUACGAGGCAGAUAUGGCAGAGUGUGACAUCGAUAUCAGAGCAGCCUCAUUGUACUCAGGAGUGUUCACCCAGAUCUUUAAAGAGGAGUGUGGGCUGUACCAGGACAAGGUGUUCUGCUUUGUCCAUCUGAGCAUCCAGGAGUUUCUGGCUGCCCUUUAUGUCUUUCUGUCCUUCAUCGAUACUGGUGUCAAUCUGCUCUCAGAAGAACCACCAACCUCCAGGAAAGAUAAACUCCUCUACCAGAGUGCUGUGGACAAGGCUUUACAGAGUGAGAACGGACACCUGGACUUGUUCCUCCGCUUCCUCCUGGGCCUCUCUCUGGAGACCAAUCAGAUUGUCCUACGGGGUCUGCUGAGACAGAAAAAAAGAUCACUGACCACUCAGAUUAAAACAGGUCUGCUGCGACUGACAGGAAGUAGCUCACAGACCAAUAAGGGAACAGUGUCUUACAUCAAGAAGAAGAUAAAACGAGAUCUAUCUCCAGAGAGAAGCAUCAAUCUGUUCCACUGUCUGAAUGAGCUGAACGACAGUUCUCUAGUGAAGGAAAUCCAACACUAUCUGACAUCAGGAAGUCUCUCCGGAGAAUCUCUCUCCCCUGCUCAGUGGUCAGCUCUGGUCUUCAUCCUACUGACAUCAGAAGAGGAGCUGGACGUGUUUGACCUGAAGGAAUACUCUGCUUCAGAAGAUGGUCUUCUCAGGCUGCUGCCAGUGGUCAAAGCCUCCAAAACAUCUCUCCUGAAUGCCUGCCAUCUGUCAGAGAGAUGCUGUGAAGCUCUGGCCUCAGUUCUCAGCUCCAAGUCCUCUAGUCUGAGAGAGUUGGACCUGAGUACCAAUGAUCUGCAGGAUUCAGGAGUGAAGCUGCUCUCUGCUGGACUGGGGAGUCCACACUGUACACUGGAAACUCUCAGGCUGAAGGGCUGUGAUCUGUCAGAGAGAUGCUGUGAAGCUCUGGCCUCAGUUCUCAGCUCCAACUCCUCUAGUCUGAGAGAGCUGGACCUGAGUACCAAUGAUCUGCAGGAUUCAGGGGUGAAGCUGCUCUCUGCUGGACUGGGGAGUCCACACUGUACUCUGGAAACUCUCAGGCUGAUUGCCUGCCGUCUGUCAGAGAGAUGCUGUGAAGCUCUGGCCUCAGUUCUCAGCUCCAACUCCUCUAGUCUGAGAGAGCUGGACCUGAGUACCAAUGAUCUGCAGGAUUCAGGAGUGAAGCUGCUCUCUGUUGGACUGGGGAGUCCACACUGUACACUGGAAACUCUCAGCUUGUCUGGCUGCCUGGUCACACAGGAAGGCUGUGCUUCUCUGGCCUCAGCUCUGAGCUCCAACCCCUCCCAUCUGAGACAGCUGGACCUGAGCUACAAUCACCCAGGAGACUCUGGAGCUGCGCUGCUCUCUGCUGGACUGGAGGAUCCACGCUGGAGACUGGACACUCUCAGUGUGGAGCACGGUGGAGUGUGGAGGCUGAAACCAGCUCUUAAGAAGUAUGCCUGUGACCUCACACUGGACCCCAACACGGCCCACAGACACCUCUCUCUGUCUGAGGACAACAGGAAGGUGAGGCGGGUUGGAGUGGACCAGUCGUAUCCGGAUCACCCAGACAGAUUUGACUCCAGGUCCCAGGUGUUGGGUAGAGAGGCUCUGACUGGCCGCUGUUACUGGGAGGUAGAGUGGGAAGGAUGGGUUGAUAUAGGAGUGACAUACAGAGGAAUCACAAGGAGAGGAGGGGGUGAUGACAGCUGGCUUGGAUGGAACAACAAGUCCUGGAGUCUUUAUUGUUCUGAUGGUCGUUACUCUGUCUGGUACAACGGUAGAGGACCAGUCCUCCCUCUCCCCCCCGCUGGCUCCACCAGAGUAGGAGUGUAUCUGGACCGGCCUGCUGGCUCUCUGUCCUUCUACAGAGUGUCCCCAGGUGGAGGAGGGUCCUCAGACACACUGACACACCUCCACACCUUCUGGUCCACCUUCACCCAGGAGGACCUUCUCCCGGGGGUGGGGUUCUGGCGGUUGAAGGGGUCCCCAGAGGGUUCCUCAUGUGGGCAGCUGGGGCUGGGGGAGGGCUGCGGGGGGACGGGGCGCGCCACCCCUCCUCGUCCCAGCCGCCGGCGUGGCCGUCGACGGGCGAGACGUCGGAGGGCGGCGGAGGACGGGGUCCCCGAACGGCGCUCCAAUGGCCCCCUACGACGCAUCCCGGUGGGGGCCCUGAAGGAGGUGGUCCCCGACCACAGCCCCAGGGCUCCUGCUGACUCUGGGGUCUGGCAGACGAGGGCCUUCGCUAAGGAUUAUGGGGGUUCUGCUGUUCUAGGGGGUGGGACCGUUUCGGGGCCCUCCUGGGUCAUUAGUGGUUGGUAA